CGGAAAAGCUACUAAUAACCCCUGCUAGCUUGCUGCUAGUGUAGAGCCUAGCAAGGGGAGAGAAAGCGUUGGAGAAGGUAGAAUACGUAUGACAAAAAGAAGCAAAGUUUGUGAUUGAUCAACACCUGGCAACGUAGAAGAAAGAAACUGAACAGGUAUCACCAGCAACUUGACAACAUCUCUUCUCUCCCCUGGCUAUCCAGUGUGUCAGGACUCCACCGUCUACGUCAUAUCUUAAAGCCACCCAGUGCCUCUCUACCUGAUCAUUAUUUUCCCCUUCAUCAUCAUCACCAGUGCAAAAAGUAAACCAUACACCAGCAGGACAGAGAAGAAACAAAAGUGAUUUGUCAAGAUUUUGAUGAAUCACAGCUACCAAAGUUACUUGUAUUAAGUGUGGUGCGCCCUCCUGAUUAGUCAAAACCUUAAAACUCUUCAUCGGUCAUCAGCAUUAGUUACCUCGCCGAGCCCGUCUGAGAAAGCUGUACGCAGUACUUAACACCAUUAUGGCCUCCAUCACCCAGUCAUCCGAGCCUGAGAUCCCAGACAACCACAAAGAGAGCUGGCUGGCACUACUCUCUGCUGCAGAAGCGUACUGCCAAAAGUCUGGCUGCGACCUGGCCAUAAUUACAGCCUGUAAGAAGUUCCGGGUGUCGACCGGAGACGGCGAUGGGAGGAGGAAACAAGAGAGCAGCAGUGCCUUUCCGAAGGAGUGCGAUUUCUCCUAUAAUGUAUGGGGUCAGGGGUUUCUGGCCGAGUCGGCGCGCCGCUACAUGGAUGACAUCGGUGUGCUGCACUCCACCACCAUGCUAACAGCCCAAAAGCACACACGCCAGUCAGGAGGAGAGGGAGGAACCAAGCUGGUGGUUGACCUGACCUCGGAGCCUGGACACAGGGGGAGCUUCACAGUAGAUGGCGGGGUGGGCGGAGUCAGUCCCAAUGGCAGGCUGUAUUCCCAAAGCUAUCCGUCAAUCUACAACGCAGGAGCUGCGGGCAGGCAGGGCGCCGGGCAUAACGGCAAUGGAGACAGGGAACGGGAGAAAGGUGUGCUGGAGGCCGAGCGGGGAAGACAGAGGUCUGGGAUCGUGGACUUGGAAGAAGAGUGUGAGGACGAGGAAGAGGAGGAGGACAUGGAUGAGAGGAGGCCCUACGGGAAUGAAAGUGCUGGUGUCUUCUCCAUGGACGAGGACUCUCUGUCUCGGGACUGCGAGCCGUUCUUUGAGUCCGAUGGGGAAGAGGAGAGCACUGACGGCUCUUUGAGUGAGGACGCUCCGCCGCCGUCACGCGGCAUGGCUAUGGGUCAGGCCGCGUACUCUUCCCGUCACGCCCACCCCAUGGCUCUGGCCCGCUCGCUGCCCGUAUCUGUGCCUGUGUGGGGCUGCAGAGGAAACAGAUCGGCUCAAGGAGAAAGCAACAGCGGCGAACGGGUGGGCUGCGCUGACCUGGAGCACAUCGCUGCCAGCAUGAAGGCCCUGCUGGCGCCCGGAGCCACCGAUGGGACAGAAAUGUUUGGGGCCCUGCCUCGGCCCCGUCUCAACACGGGGGACUUCUCUCUAAAACACUGAGAGAGGGGUGAGGCGAGGCGAGUGGAUAGAAGGAGAAAGGGAUAGAGGGAGAGGAUGAGAGAGAUGAAAGAAAAGUGGAGAGGUGGGAGGAGACCUGGUGUGUCUCCGUUCAGUAUGUGAAACAGUGUAACAGCUAGUACCUCCAUUUAUUUCUCACUAACCAAAAUUAACGGCACAUGCUUGGAGGAGUAACGGAUGGGAAAAAAAAUUAUGAACACUAACAACAUUUUCAACACUCUACCCUCCCCCUCCCUCCUCGUCACUACACUUUUCACUAGCGACUACACAUCCCUCAACACUACUUUAGGACCUCAAGAUGUGUGUAGUGACCCACUGCACUGACCAACAAGGACACUAAAACAGGGUGAAUAGUGGUCAGACUUGUGUGAUUGGCGUGCUUUGGUAAAAGUUACCUGUGAACUGAAGAGAAGUUGGGGAACAACCACCUGCACUCGGCUGAUCGUUGGCUCAAGCGGCUGCAUGUUAACUCGUAGCUCUGAAGCUAAAUGCUAUCUUAAAAGAUACAAAGUUUUCGGUUACUCCUCUAACAAGUGACAAAAUUAGCUUGAAGGAAUGGUUUCUUCUUACAUCUGUGCGUGAAGUUUGGAGCCAGACCCUGGAGACGCUUAGCUUAGCUUGGCUUAGCGUAGACUUGAGAAAUUCACCUUCCAGCAUCUCUAUAAACCUCAAUCAAUUUUUCCUUCGUCAGUACAUAAAUGGGAGUUUAUUUCAUGCAGCUGCAUUCUGUAAGUAUUUUUUGACUAACGACUGUGCUGCAUUAAGAAAGAAACAACAAGAAACCCAGAUACAAUAAGAGACAAACUCUGUUUAACUGCUUUAAUUAUCUGAACUGAUUGCACUGAAUUGAGUGUUACUGUUGGAUUCUGCCAUUUUGCUAAUGGUUUGUGGACACUUCUGUUGUUCUCUUCAGAAGAUCUGAAAUAUUGUCGCUGUCAGUUCCCCGUAGCUCCAACAGAAGUACAACCAACCGAUAUGACCAUAUUUUUCAGCUCGUAAAGACAGUCCAAAUAACAUGAAUAAUUGUUGCAAUAGUUCUAAUGCAGAAUAGUUUUUAAUUUCUGUAUAUGUACGAAUUAAUUAGUCAGCUCAGUGUUGAUGGGGGUACUUUGGAAUUUCGGAGAGAGCCAGGUUAGCUGUGUUCCCCUGCAUCUGGUCUGUAAGCUAAGCUAAGCUAAGCAUCUCCUUGUCAUUGCUCAUAACCCUGCUGUUAUUUGGCAAAUCAUAUGGUAAAGUUUUAGCAUGAAGCACAUGAGCCAGUGAUCUCCCGGGGUCAUGUGGGAGUUUUCUCUGCGUGCUCCUGUCGUUUACCGGGUAAGUUGACCAACAGGCCAGUUGUUGUCACCCCUUCUGAUUAAAAACAGUCUAUUCCUUAAAGGGGUAGAAACCAGAGAAAUGGUUGACUUAAAGGGACAGUUCUCCUCAAAAUGAAACAUACAUAUUCUUCAUUAAAUUUAAGAGAAAUCUACAGCUGGUAUCUCCAAAACUCUGCAACUCACACCAUGACUAUCUAGAUGGAAAAACGUGUACUUUUCAUUUUGGGUUGAACUGUCCCUUUCAACAUUGAGCUUCAGGCUUUUCAAAAUGUGAUCGAGGACAUCAGCAAGUCCUCAUAACAUGCGUAUUCGUACUUUUACUUUUGCCAAUGAAUGACUGACUGAUUGUACAUGGAUGCUGAGAUACAGAGGAUGUUUUUUUUUUUUUUUUUGCUCCAGAUAUCUCAUUGAAAUUAAUGAAUGAAUGAAUGAGAAACUGACUGAGAGAGAGAGAGAGAUGGGUUGAUUCUGAAAGGAACAAAUCUCUGACAUUUCAAAAACAAAUAAAUGUUCAGUUAAGUACUUUUACGUUUCAAAUAAAGGAGCAACACCAAGAG